AUGGUAAACCCGAACAGCCAGUCAAUUCACGUAUCAUUCCUACCUCACCUGUCCCCUUCUGAUCACUCCUCCUCAAUAAGCGAGUCUCUUGACAUCCACGUUGAAGACUCAGAAGAGGAGCCUUCCCUACAACAAGAGGCGCCCACUGUGACACUCCCAGCCCAGGUCGUUCACCUACAAGCAGAUCCACAAGUGACCACUGCAAUAUUAAAAGACAUACGAACCUCGGAAGAUGUAGAUGGAGAUGUAGAUGAAGAUGAAGAUGAAGAUGAAGAUGAAGAACAUGAAGAUGAAACAGAGGAGAAAGAUGAAGCAGAGGAGGAAAACGAAGAAGAGGAAGAAGCAGAGUGCAAUCAGGGGGCAGGGAAAGCACUCCGGUUGUGGGGGAUGAAAUCUGAGGAGACAGCUCAGGGAAAAAGCCACCAAAUGAACUAG